AUGCUCCUACCCUCUCAAGAGUUUCAAGCAGACGACAUAUCUUUUUUCUCUUCUUUUCCGUCUUCCUCCUCCCAACAACCACCGUCAUCGCCGCUUUUGAGCCGCCGCAAAAUCAUAGCCGGAGAAGCAGAGCGAGUGGAGCCCACCUCUGUUCUUGACGCGCUGAGCCCUCUCACAACCUCCUCAUCCACCGUGUCUUCCUCUCUCGGCGGAAACAGCGCCGUCGGAGGCGGCGGCACCUCCACUGCCAUCUCCGGCGAUGCCACCACCGAUGAGCAAUGCGGGCACUUGGGUUUGGGGGAUUGGGAGCAAGUGCCUGAACAUGAGCAUGAGCAUGAGCAGAGCAUCCUGAGGCUCAUCAUGGGGGAUGAUUCUCAAGAUCCCUCUCUCCAAUUGAACGACAUUCUCCACACCUCAUCCGACUACACAUCCCUCGGCUUCGGAGUCGUUGAUACCGGAUUCGGCUUAGACCCGCCUUUGUCUCCGCAUCUUCUUCCCCCACUCCUAAUCAACCAAAGCCACACUCCUUUCCCUCAGAACCCGGCCGUCUUCUACCCUCCUCCGGCGAAGCGGCUCAACGCGGGAUACUCGGAUCAGGGGAUGAUAACGGAGCAGCUUCUCAAAGUGGCGGAGGUUAUAGAGAGCGGCGGCGACACGUGUGUGGCUCAGGGGAUAUUGGCGCGGCUCAAUCAACAGCUCUCUUCUCCCGUGGGGAAGCCAUUCGAGAGAGCAGCUUUCUACUUCAAAGAGGCUCUCCACAAGCUCCUCCUCCUCUCCGCCUCCCACACCCUAAACCCUUACUCCCUCAUCUUCAAGAUCGCCGCCUACAAGUCCUUCUCCGAGAUCUCUCCCGUCCUCCAAUUCGCCAACUUCACUUCCAACCAGGCCCUCCUCGAGUCCUUCCAUGGCUUCCACCGCCUCCACAUCAUCGACUUCGACCUCGGCUACGGCGGCCACUGGGCCUCCCUCAUGCAGGAGCUCGUUCUCCGCGACAACAACACCAACACCAACAGCAACGCCUCUACUCCUCCCGUCUCCCUCAAAAUCACCGUCUUCGCUUCUCCGGCCACCCACGACCAGCUCGAACUCGGCUUCACUCAGGACAACCUCAAGCACUUCGCCUCCGAGAUCAACAUCUCCCUCGACAUCCAGGUUCUCAGCUUGGACCUCCUCGGCUCUGUCUCCUUCCCGAACCCCUCCGAGAAAGAAGCCGUCGCCGUUAAUCUCUCCGCCGCGUCCUUCUCCAACAUGCCUUCGUACCUCCCCCUGGUCCUCCGUUUCGUGAAGCAUCUCUCUCCCACGAUCAUCGUCUGCUCCGACAGAGGAUGCGAGAGGACGGAUCUGCCCUUCCCGCAGCAGCUCCUCCACUCCCUCCAGUCCCACGCCGCUCUCCUCGACUCCCUCGACGCCGUCAACGCCAACCUCGACGCAAUGCAGAAGAUCGAGAGGUUUCUCAUUCAGCCGGAGAUUGAGAAGCUCGUCUUCGACCGUAGCCGCCCGCUCGAGAGGCCGAUGAUGACGUGGCAAGCCAUGUUCCUGCAGAUGGGGUUCUCGCCGGUGACGCAUAGUAACUUCACCGAGUCUCAGGCCGAGUGUUUGGUUCAACGUACUCCGGUCAGAGGCUUUCACGUCGAGAAGAAACACAACUCUCUUCUCCUUUGUUGGCAGAGGAGAGAACUCGUCGGUGUUUCCGCCUGGAGAUGUCGUCGCUCCUCCUGA